AUGAAGCAACGGUCGUUCCUUUAUACUUGCUAUUCAUCCAUUAAAAUAUGUUAUUCUGUUCAGGAUUGCUUGGGAUUAAAAAAUGCUGUGGUAAUGGAUCAGCAAAAAUUUCGAGUGUCUUCAAGGAUCAGGACAGCAACUAAGGAACAGGAAAAGAAUGAAACUAUUACUGUGAAUGAAAAACUUACCAAAGAGAGGGUUACAGUGAGGAAUAAUACUUAUGAUGAGGAAGACUGUAGUUAUAUGCUACGUGUACUCGAGAAGGACGCUUUCUCGACGGUUGUUUCCGCUUUCCGUGCUCAGGGAAUGCUGAAUGGUUACAAAAGGAUUCUACUCGAACAUUUGAAGACAGCUUUAUUCAUAUCUGACGAGUCCUAUCACGCUGAAAUACGACAAGCAGCUAAUGAUGAAAUGUUGACGAAAAUAGCGCAAACUUUAAGCCCGUCGUAUGAUACAUAUGCGCAGUGGGGAAUCGAAGGAUUGGAUCCGAUACCACAUUAUGGCGACAUUCCCAUUCAAGAGGAUAUUGAUGAUAACAGUAAUGAAGACCAAAAUGUUGCAAAUGAAUUAUUGAGACUUGCAAAGACACAUAAUGAAAGGUUGCGAGAUGCAAAUACUGCAUUGCAUGAAAUGAUUACAUUGCCCAAAGCUCCUUACGUUCCGGAAAGGCUGCGCUUAUUGUUGCGUGAAACGGAGAACGAUUAUGAGGGACGUGUUGAUAUACUGCAUUCUGGCGAAUAUGAGAGUAGUGCACGAAAUUCUCGCAUAACCUCUGGUCUCAUCAAAUCUGAAACAUUGCCGUUUGAUGAAACUCAACAGUUCAAAAAAAAUACUCAGAAUGCAGAGGAAUUAUAUGUUGCUAAUUCAAACCAAAAAACAACUCUUUACUACGACAUGAUGCCGUCAACAAGUACAGCACGUCCAAGUUCUCUUGAAUUGACGACAUCCUGCCCAUCCUCAAGUUCCAGUUCAACCCCAGUUGUUGCUUCUGCUGAUCAAGGUGUUCUUAUAUCGAAGUGUGGUCUCCAAGAUGAAGAAGAUUUCGAUUCAGAGAUAACUGGAGAAUAUUUGAGACCUAAAAAACGGCGGGUAAGACAGCGCGAUUUAUCUGCUACGUGUGCGAGAGUGCUACCAUUCAGGUUUCAGUCGCCAGCUCCGGGACAGAAAAGUAAACCCAUUCGCGGGAAUCCUGAUCGAAGACCACCAAGACAAACAUCACCAUCAGGCAUCUCAAGUUUCACAUCUACAUCGUCUCUGCCAGUCACUUCAUCAAUCAUUGGUACUCACUCCUCUCAUACGACAGCACUGUCAGCAUUUCGUACUAUACCCACGAGUUCCGCCACUAGCAAUUCCGGAAGAUUUCAUCAAAUCCCUCACUUGUUUACCUCAGGUGUGGUUAUAAAACGUACCCGAACCUUGUCGUCUGGAGGGAAUGAAUCUGCAGUCUUAGAUGGAAGUUCUACUUUUUCUCGACAGCUAUCCAAUUCCCAGAAUGUGUUUAGGAUACAGCAGCCAGUACAGCGAGCGUAUAUAAGGUCAUCCAGUGGACAACGUUUUUAUGCAUCACCAAUAGUAUCAACCUACAGUAACCCAACUCGACCUUAUUACGGCAAUCCAAAUACCGUUGUGGGAUUCAUGCGUUCAAUAUCAUCAUGUUCACCCCGUUCCUCCUAUACCAUAUCAUCUGGACCAAGUACAUCAUCUGCUUGUCAUUUACAACCACAAACUAUAACUUCGAGCGAAAUUCAACGUUUAGUUGCUCAAGCUGCUGCAUCUGGUCAGCCACAACAGUAUCGUGCCAUUAGAAGACCUCCACCCCGACCUGUGGUUUUAACCAGUUCAUCACGCUUUUCUAUCGCAAAUCAGCGUCAAGGAUUUUCGGCUUCCGUUGCACCGUUUAUAAAUUUAGCCGAAAUGACAGGAGUAAAUUCGUGUUCUGUUCAGCAACAACAGCAAUUGGCUGUUCAUCCACUUCGAGUAACCCAUCGUGCUGUACCAUCACCAUGCGCAGUUACAACAGCAACACAACGUUCACACACCGUUCCUUCAAGAACACUUGAUGAUAGCACUUCUCUUACAGCUAAUGCUCAGCUACAGCACAUUGAUAGUCGUAAUCUGGAGUUACAGCAAUCCGAUCUGGACACCAUCGCAGCUGUUAAUUCUAUAACACAAAGUAACGAUGGGGCGAUGGAGCAGAGACAUGCAGCAGAUAUAGAUAGGUCAGUAGUUACAGUAAAUCCGGAUGAGGCUUCAUCACAAGUUCGGUUGGAAUGCGACGAAGUGUUACUUCCCGAAUCACGUUGUAUCUUACCCGAUUAUGAUAAUCCAGCUAAUAUGCAAGUAGCACAACUUCAGCAACACGGUGUUAGCGAAGAAGUACCUAUGAUUGUUAGUUAUCGUACAGAGAAUCAGGAUCAAAAUCUUAAUCGUGCUACUCAUUUAGUGCCAGAACAAUAUGCUAAUGGUCUAAUUCAUCAGGAAGGGCAAAAUGUUAUUAAUUAUGUCACUGCAUCACAGUGUAUUCAGUGA